CUCCCUAUGCGUAUGAAAUCGUACGCAAAACUAAACACUGGGAUGCGUACUCAUGCGUACGCAGAGAGCUGCGUACAAAUGUUACGCCGCUAUCAAAUACAUGUAAAUACUCGCCGAUUCCCGACAAAUCGAUCCCUAGGCUAUAUUUAGGUGUCCAAACUGAUCGUAGUAUCUACUCUGUACAGUAUAUUAACGCAAACGCUAAAAAAAGAUGAGACAUUUGACGUUUUACGAGUUGAGAGAGAGAGACAUAGAGAGAGAUGCACUUACUGAGCGAAUGCCUAGAAUACAGUGGGAUUCGGUCAGAAUUCUUCACUAAAAAGACCAACAUAAUCGCUUUAUUAAAACCCUUCCUGAGCAAUGAUGUCUGAGGUAAAUAUAAGCGUGCUAUACACUGGAGCACAGUAUGUUCAGGCCUGCCACAGAGUAAGGGACGGAGAUACACACCAAUGAGCACACACGUUAUUAUUAAUUAAUAAUAAUAAUAGUAUUAAUAUUAGUAAUUAAUAUAUUAUUCAUAAUUCUGUUAUUAAUUAAUAAACUAUGAGAGUUUAAUAGUUUCAUAGUUUAGGGUUUGUUCGGUUUGUUUUUGGCUACUUUUUUCUGAUGUGUGGAGACAAACGUAAUUUUCACCUAAACGUAUUCCUUCUUUUAUUCUCUGUUUCUGGUUCUUCUCAGGUUCUGAUAUGCCUAAAUGAACUGAUUAGUAUCCAAGCUCAAAUAAUGAUGGAUUUUACAUCUUCAGAAGUGAUGUGCGAGGUUGCCAAUUUAACAAAGGAAUUUACUUUUAGUCAUUCUUGUUCGUUUUAGUUAACCUCACUUGUAACAGGAAUUCAUUCAUAAUAGACCACGUAUGGAAACAUCCCAAUAUAUGUAUGUAUUUAGUUAACAAGAAUGUGCUCAGACAAAGACUCUUACUGUGAAGUUCUGGUUGCAUUGGUAAGGUUGCUAUCCAAUUUGAGCGCGAUUGCGACCAUCGAUAUCAAGGUUUUGAAGCAAAGAUCGUUUAAGGGAGGGGCUAAGUUAGGGCACUACAUUUCAUACAGCCUCAUUUAUGAAAGCUAAUGCAUUGAAGUGAAAGUGAGCGCCCCCCAUCUUUCGGACUGUGUGCACUUCCGCCCGAUCCUCUGGACACGGAACCACAGCUCGCUUUUCCCUCCACACGGUGAGUGUGUAAGCAGUCCGGUGCUUAACUUGACUUCGUUUUAAUAACAGACACAUGCAAUUCUGAAUACAUUAACAGUUUUUUUUCAUUAAUAUAAACUUAAAUAAAAUGCAAUAUUAAGUAGGAGCUCGGUUUAACAUCCCAAGAGUAUAAGACAAAUGUGCACAGUCUGGUCAUGCUGCUAGCUAAACUAGUAAACUAGCUUAGAUUAGCUAGCAUGCCUUUAAUAAACUUGAGAUUUUAAUCACUCUUCCUUUUGUAAGUAUCGCAAUUUCUAUAAAGUUAUGUUGCCCUGUGCACCAUGUAGUAGUUUACUUUUGACAUGCUAAGAAUGCGUGUCGGUGUUUAACAGGUGAAAAUGUUCUUUGCUAGCUAGCAUUAGAGCUGGCCUAAUUAGAGCAUGUGCCUAAUAUGUAUACCUAAAUAAUCCACAGGUCUACACUAACAUUACUCAAACUGUAUGUCCAUUAAUGAAUGAUAUAGAAAUGACAUUACAGCUAGAGCUGGUUGAUAUGUGAAUUGUGAAAACAUGAGUAAGAAGUUUUCAUGAUACGUGGUAGUAUUUAAUAAAUGAGUUAAAAUAUUUUCAGAGUAUAAACGCACAAUGAUAUUUUUUUAAACAUUUCACACACUGUGCUCUACCAAAUCUAGUUGGAGAGGCCUAAUUACUUUUAUUACUGACAGUAUCUGCAAUAUGCUCCGAAAAAUUAUAUGGUAACAUUAAAUGUUUUGACAUCUUUUUUUUUUCUUUUCACAGACCUUUCAGAUCCCUCCUCACAUCCAUCUAUCUCUCUAUCCUUUAUAGCGACCCAACGGCACUUUUAAGAGCCACUCGUCUGUCUGUCUAUCCAUACAUCCAUUCAUCCAUCCAUAUAUCUGUCUGUCUGUCUUGGUGUUUAUCUGUCUACCUGUUUAUCUGUCUGCAUUGUCUGUGUGUGUGCAUCUGUUGUCUGUCUGUGUAUCUGUAGGUGUCAUAUUUUUGCCUUCAUUUACACCAUGGACUCUGAAGGAGACUCUGGUAAUAAAUUCCACAAGCUUCUUCAGGAAGCACAGAGACUUGCAGCAGAGCUCAAUCCAAAAUUGGCAAAGAAAAGAAGGUCGGCAAAACCCGUAUCUGGUGUUGUUAGUUGGAGACAGAGGGAUAAUUCAGGACAAAUUAUUCCAAAAUUUCCCCCAAAGACUUAUAACUCGACUACACGUAAAAGGAGCAGUUCUGAAGUGGCUGAACCAGUAUUUCAGCAGCCUGAGCCAACACCUUAUGAUAGUGCUCAAGAACUUAAUGCACUGCAAGACAUUCUCAGGGACAUUCCUCCACAAGAGAAGGGCACUGUGCCACUAAGCUGGGCUGAACGGCAAGCUCAAAGCUCAGAGAAGUGGAAUGCUUCUAGAUCAGCCAUGGUUAAAAACAUAUUUCUCGCAGAGCACACAGACACCUAUAUCUGUGACAUCUGCCUGCAAAACACAUCUGUUGUGAGGUGCAGAGAUUGUUUGCCAAGACAGUUCCUGUGCAGUUCCUGCGAUACACAGAUACAUCAGCACAUCCUCCAUAACCGAGAAGCCAUGUUUGAGGGAUUCUAUCAACCCUUAGCCCCAAACAUGAUCAUUCAACUUCAAAAUGAUGGGUCACACCAGAUAAAGCAUGAAGUUCGACUGUUGCCGGUUCGUCUACCUCAACAGUGUACCUGUUCUCCCAGUCAGCUAAAGCUGACCUGUGGCAAAGAGGUCAUCCUUGUUGGAAUUAAUGGACGGUACCAACUAAAUUUGCCAACAUUGAGCUGUUCUCAGUGCAUGAAAAGCUGGACCACUGGACUUGAUGAACUAGUACAAUGUGGAUAUUGGCCUGCUACCAUCAACCACCAGACCAUCUUCCAUGUAGACCUGUUCCAGUCUUUCCAGGAUCUGAAGCAGCUGGCUCCUGGGCUUUCUCGUCAAGCAUUUAUUGGAAUGCUUGAUGAAAGAACAAAGUAUUUUGGCAGAACCGGAAAAAUAUGUGGUGACACAUUCCAGCGGUCAUUUCUGGAGUGGUGCUACGCGCAGCAUGAGGUGGACAAACUGUUGGAAGUUGAGCCCUUCCGGUGUACAGCAUGUUCACCACAAAUGCAUGCUGUAUCAGUGGAUGGAAAUAGAAAAUUAUACCGAUUUAAGAAUGCAUCAGGAAGUGCCACAAAGGGACUUUUUGAUGGCACCUUCCUGGCCAGAGAUGAGGAGGUGUCAAGUUUUGUUGCUCAAAUCCAGCAGGCAACCAAACAUACUCCUGGGAAAGGAAUGUGCGGAUCAUCACAAUGGACAGCUGCAAAAGAGCAUUCUGGGAAAUCUGCCUCAAAAAUUGAUGAGGAGGGGCUGGAAAUCGCUGUGUGCCGGCAUGGGGUGCUUUUGAGAGCACUGAAUAUGUUCAGAGGGGAGAUUUAUGCUUACCCUCUGUAUCUGCAGAAGGAACUGUCCCCCUCAAAUGUUUCCUUUUUCUGUUCAGAUGUGGCAUGCAAGUAUUAUCCGUAUUUGGAAAAGGUCUCCAAUAAGUGCUCUGAACUGCAGGGACUAUUGGAGAUGCAUCCACUUCUUUCAGUGAUGCAUGCCAAAGCACACUCCUGGACAUGUGAGUUGAAAUGGGGUGGACGCAAUCAAGAAGGCGCUGGCAAUACCAUUGGUGAGGAAGUGGAGCAGGUAAAUAGCUUCCUGUCCAGGGCUGCUAUCUCCACAAAAUACAUGUCUAAAGGUGGAAGAACAGACAUGCUCACAGUUCUGGCAAUGGGGUGGAACAAAAAGAAAAUGAGUAACAUGGACAAAAUAUUGGCCCAAAGAUAUGCUAAGGCCGUCCAGAGAGUGGCAGAUGAUAAGCUUAAGCUGGAGGAGCUCAAAGCUGAGUUAAGGAUUGAUGAUGCUGUUAUCCAACAGUGGGUCACUGAGGUGCAACACUGGCCUGAAGCAAAUUCUAGUUUGGAGGGUGAAGCCUCAAGGGAGGUCAUUCUGAAGAAGAAAAUUGAAGGACUGUACCUUAGUGUCAUGCAGAGGAAACAUCGCCUUUACCGUCAGACAGACAGCAACAAGAGACGACAUAAGAUGCGCCAGAAAAUUGCAGAGGAAAAGGCAGCUUUAUCUUCUGCUAUUGAAGAGCUACGUGAACAGACGGACAUCAUUCUGCCUGCUGUUGAUGAGCUUCUCUUGACUGAAAAUUUUGUGUGGUCCUGGACUUAUCUUGGACCCACUGAUCUCAGAACAAAGAAGGCCAUCUUUGACCAGGUGAUGGUGAUCAGGAGAAUGCAAGAGGAGGAGCAAAUUGUAGUUCAGGAGAUGAGGAGGCACUUGAACUCCCUCAUAGGUGUUGCUGGGAGUCUAAAAACCUUACUGCUGGACCAAAGCAAUGGCGCACACUGUGGAUAUCACAGCAUGUUGAGGAGGAGAUUGAGUGUUGUGAAUGCCCAAGUACAUCACACAAAAGCAUCAUUCAGCUUGGCUCUUCAUGGAGAAAUGACAUCCCAAGAUAUGCUGUCUGAGGACAGGGAGGAACAAGUGUCAGAUGUGGAGGACACAUCUGAUGAUGACAAUGACAUUGAUUCUUCAUAAGUACAUUGAGAUUAUUAAAUACCCAUGUCUAGUUCUUUGGGCUUCAAAACAGCUUAUGGUGCAUGAUGUGGUGCAUUAUCACCACAUCAUUUACAGGUAGUUCUCGACUUACGUCCAUUCGACUUUACGACCGUUUUAUGAAAGGUGAGCUACGAAUUUAAGAAUUAAGAAUUUAACUUAUAAUUCGUGCUUAGUUCUUUUUCUCAAAUGAAAAGCGAAUCAACAGCCGAAUUACAACCGAGACUUGCCUAAAUAGUAGCGGCCGUUGGCGUAGUGCACUACUUAGGCUUGCUUUCUAGUGUUGUAGUACGCGGUUUGAGAUUCAGCUAAAGAGCGCACAAUGGAAGAGAAGAGUAUUUUGAUUGACACUGGAAAAAAACAAUCACGAUCGGCACUCGGAAUAACAAGGGGUUGACCAUCAUCCCGGAAGAUAUGUUAUGUUCUGAAUUGCAAUUAGUGUUUUACUUUAAAUUAACUGUAAAAAAAAAAGAAAGUGUAUUAAUAGACGCUUCAAAUGACAUAAAAUGAACAAAGAAAAGUAUGACAUAUAACAAUAAUAAGGAAAAUGAUGAUAAAAUAUGAUUUAAAGAUUUUCAUAACAUCAUUACACAGUACUGUACAUAUAGCCUACUCGAGUUACGUCCAAUCAGCUUUACAACGGGUUUGUUGGAACCAGUCGUCGUCGUAAGUCGAGAACUACCUGUAAUUGCUUUGGCCAAUUCUGUGUUGGGUGGAGAAGACAUCUCUGGGAGUGAAAAACACUUUUUAUUAUUAAAUUUUAUAAUCUGUUCUUUUGAUCACAAAAAUUACAAAGGACACCUACUCAUUCACGUCUUAUUCGAGCUGUGCUGAAUUACUAUAUAUGUAUCACAGGCCUGAGAAUAGCCUGAAUUAAUUUCAUUGUUAUAUCUGUGUGUAUGUGUGUAAUUAUAUAAUUGAGGAGGCAGUUUUUGCACAGGAGACAAGACCCCUGAAGCUUGUAUAUAGUCUUCAUUGUGCAUAUACAGUUAAAUUUGCAUACUAUCAUGAAACGCGCUGUACACUUUCCAGUGCACAUAAUGGAUACUGCUGAAUUGGUAUUAUUCUGUGCAUUUAUCCUUAGUCUAAUGUUAAUAUGGACAAUUGUCAAGAAAAAAAAUGCUUUACAUUGUGAAUAAAUGGUACUGUAUCUGAAUCUU